AGUGAUAACUCAAAAAUGAAAAAUUCAACUUUGCUGACAGAGUUUGUUCUUACAGGACUCACAGGCUCUCCAAAGCUACAGGUGCCCCUUUUCUUGGUAUUCCUGGUGAUCUACCUCAUCACUAUUGUAGGUAAUCUUGGUCUAAUCACUCUGAUAUGGAAUGACCCUCACUUACACAUCCCCAUGUACUUUUUCCUUGGUCAUCUGGCAUUUGUGGAUGCCUGUUUAUCAUCCACAGUGACACCAAAGAUGUUACUCAAUUUCUUACAGAUGAGUAAGAUGAUUUCCUUCUCUGAAUGCAUGAUACAAUUCUUUUCCUUUGCAGUCUUUGUUACUACAGAAUGCUUUCUGUUGGCAGCUAUGGCUUAUGAUCGUUAUAUAGCCAUUUGCAAACCUUUACUUUAUCCAAUGGUUAUGACUAAUAGGCUUUGCAUAUGUCUAUUAAUCCUAUCUUUUUUAGGUGGCAUUAUCCAUGCUUCAAUACAUGAGGGAUUUUUAUUUCUUUUAACCUUUUGCAAUUCCAACAUAGUGCAUCACUUUUAUUGUGAUAUUAUACCAUUACUAAAGAUUUCCUGUACUGACUCUACUCUUAAUUUUCAACUGGUGUUUGUUUUGGCUGGUUUAAUUCAAGCCUCCACCAUUGUGAUUGUUCUUCCGUCAUAUACACUAAUCCUGUUUACAAUUUUACAAAGGAAGUCUGUCCAAGGCAUAAGAAAGGCUUUCUCUACAUGUGGUGCCCAUCUCUUAUCUGUGUCUUUAUACUAUGGGCCUCUUCUCUUUAUGUACGUCCUUCCUCCCUCUCAAGAAGCAGAUGAUCAAGAUAUCAUAGACUCUGUGCUUUACACAGUAAUAAUUCCUUUGUUAAAUCCAAUUAUCUAUAGCCUGAGAAACAAGCAAGUUAUGGAUUCUCUGAAAAAAUUGUUAAAGAAAAGUGUGUAA